AUGUUCAUUGGCAAAGGGCUCCUGCUUUCCUGCAUUGUGAUGAUGCACAUCUCCUUCACGGCCUCCCAACCGUUUAAAAGAGCGACGUUUCAGGAGCAUAUGAAGGAUUCACUUAUGAUGUUAGCUCGGUGUAAUCUGAAGACAGCAGAAAAAGAUUAUGUCAAGGUCAUGUUUCCCUCCAAUUCAACGAGUGUACAGCUCCCCCCUGGGGCCCUUGAGGGAAUAACUUUUGGAAACAGCACAGAAGAAGUCCAGACCUCCGCCUGUGCCAUCUCUGACUACCUCAACAAGCACCUUCCUGCAAUCAUCAAGUCCCUCACUGAGAAUUACGAGGACAUACUGAAAAACACCACAACGUUUCUUAAUGGGUUCAACACAGUUGUUAAACAGUCAAUCAUCAUCUUGCUGCUCAUUGCACAAGCAGCCUGUGGACCUGUUAAAACAACAGCCCAGGCCCUGAACAACACUAUCGAGCUGAUGCAGAAGGAGAUACGGACCGCUCUGGGAGCCCUAGCUGAACCUGGAGUGCUUCCCUUGAGCACUUCCUGCCACUCCCUAAACACCUUGGAGCUGGGUGGGUCUGAGCCCCUCACUGCUAAACACCUCUCCCUCUUCCGCUGCUACAUGAUGAAGAUGUCUAACCUGACCACGGACGUGUCACAUGAGCUGGUGACAGCCAGCCAGUACAGUCAGGAUGUGGAGCGGCUGACGAGCAACAGCACAGACAAUCGGGACUGCAAGCUGCCUGCCUUUGAGCAGGAAAUGGAUAGUUUUGUGUAUGUUAAAUGUCUGCUGGAGCAUUUGCAGCAGCGGCUCAGCAGCACAACUUUGGGAUUUUGACUGCGUAGCUUAAAUAUUGUAUUUAUUUAUUUUACACAUUAUUGAAAGUAAUUUUUGUAAUCCAGUUUUCUAUGUAUGAGAAAGUUCUAUCUUCUUAUUAGGCUAUUAGUAUCUGAUGACCAAGUAAUAUUUAUUCUAGACAAAGUGACCUUUAUUGACAAUAAAGCAAGUCAAGAUUUUUA